CAGCAAUCCAACACAAUGAAGAAAAAACAUGAAUGCUCCCAGUGUUUCAGAAACUUUCCUGCAUCUUCUGCUCUAGCAGUUCAUCAACGAACACACACUGGAGAAAAGCCAUAUCAGUGUUCUCAGUGUGGAAAUGCCUUUAGCCAAAUGUGUAAUCUCAAGGCACACCAGAGAAUCCACACUCGGGAAAGGCCAUAUCAUUGUUCUCGUGUGGGAAGACUUUACUGUAUGGGUCAGCUCAAGAUACACCAGAUGAUCCAUACUGGGGAAAAGCCACAUCAGUGUUCUCAGUGUGGAAAGACCUUUAGCCAAAUUUCUACUCUCAAGGCACACCAGAGGAUCCAUACUGGGGAAAAGCCGUAUUGGUGUUCUCAGUGUGAAAAGUCCUUCAGUACAAAUGAUAAUUUCAAGAGCCACCAGAGGAUCCAUACCGGGGAAAAGCCGUAUCAUUGUUCUCAGUGUGGAAAGGCCUUUAGUCAAAUAGGUAAUCUCAAGAGACACCAGCAGAUUCACACUGGGGAAAAGCUACAUCAGUGUUCUCAGUGUGGGAAGUGCUUUAGUCAAACAGGUGAUCUCAAGAGACACCAGCAGAUCCACACUGGGGAAAAGCAACAUCAGUGUUCUCAGUGUGGAAAGGCCUUUAGUCAAAUGGGUAAUCUCAAGAAACACCAGAGAAUCCACACUGGGGAAAAGCUACAUCAGUGUUCUCAGUGUGGGAAGUGCUUUAAUGCCAAACGCAAUCUCAAGACACAUCAGAAAGUACAUACUAGAGUAACUCACAUCUAAC